AUGACAACCGCCGUGGGGAUCAAGCGCAAAGCUGACGAGAGCCUUACAGAUACCAUUUUUCUGGCUAGAAAGACUGCAGCAGCCGCUGACACCGAAAGUGAUCUCACUCAGGACUGCACGUUCCAGUACGCCGGUAGCGUCGACACCCUUGGCGAUGUUCAAGCGUCUACCCAGCAGGUGAAAAAGGCAAGUCGUCACAUAACAGAUUCGAAGAUGCAUCCAGUUGACCUACCUUCGAAGGUGAGAACUGAACAACGUUCAGCGAGUGAAGAAAGUCGCCUGUGGUUGCUCCUGCAGCAUCAGCGCGUACUCGAGAAGGUUCGCUCGGAAGAAAUCACCGACGAAAACUCGGAGGCUCCACGCGAGUCGGCGCACAGACUGUUUCGUCGUUACGACGUCUUCAACGAAGGUAACAGUACGGACACGACGGAAAAUGAGCAAGCAAAAGACGGAGCUUCAGAGGUGUCGUGCAAUGAGAUUCCUGUGGUCCGGGAGACUGUCGAGCAGGCAACAGCAGACGAUGGUAACGUGUAUGACGCGUACUUUAAUGACCUCCAUCGUCACUUCGUGGGUGAGAACGAGUUCAGCCUGUUCUGUUGUGGUCCACCCGAUGCCUUUGCGCGGGACCACGACACCAUCUACGAAUCUGACACUGGCUCUGAUGCUUUUGAUGGGCAAGACGAGGAUGAUAACAAUGCGGAAGAUGACUGGAGGAACGACUACCCGAACGAAGAGCAUCGCUUUCCAAAAGAUCCAGAGUUAGACGAUGAAUUCUUCGAGCUGUUCUACACCAACAUUGUGAACCGUCGGCGAGAUCAGCUGGACUUAUCUUAUGGUGAUGUAUUAUUGGAGGAUGAUGAUGCCCCACCAAAGCAAGUUCAAGGAAAGUCGAUUUUCGAAAAAAUCGCGUAG